UUUUUCCAAAAUAAGAAUGGUGAGAUGGCCACAAUCACUGUACCAUAGCGGCGAAAUGGCACUUGAGAGAAAUUCCUUCUGAUCCAACCAGAGAUGAGUAUUAGAUAUUUUUGUUGGUAGAGGCAGGCAGACGUGGACGUACGAUACGAAAAACAAAAAACGGGAAAACCCAUGGCGAAGCGUCUCUGCCUUCCUCCCCCACGCAACUCUCACACGCUUCCCACAUUUUCCCUUCCCUACCUUCUUCUAUAAAUACCAUUCCCUCUCUCUCUCUCUCUCUUAUUUUUUUCACUUCUCAGAAUCUCCCUCCUCUUUCUAAUUCCGAGCUCUGAUCAAUGGCGCUAUGCGGAAUUGGUUUGAGUCCGAGUGUGGAAAAUGCUGAAGUAGUGUCUUUGAGUGGUAAUUUGUCGACAAGACUGAUCAGACGAAGUCCCAUGAUUUUCACUGGGAAGUCCCCUAAUUUGAAUCGAAGGCAAUGUUGUGGGGUUCGGUGCUCAUCAGCUAGAAAAGCUGUAUCUUCGAUGGAAUCAGAAGAAAAUGCUCGGACUGUGUUAUUGGAUAGUGUGGAGGAAGAAUUGGAGCAUGUUACGAGGUUCAAGAUAUCCAAUUUUAAAAUUCUUGAUUGUAUUAGUGUUGGCCUCGGAGGGCGGGCUGAUGAGGUAAUAUUUGAAGCAAUAGUGAAGGAUGCUAAUAGCCCUUUGAAUAACACUAGAGUUGUGCUUCGACGCCUUACUAGUGCUCAAGCUCAGCGCAGAGGAAAAAGAGCAAUAGAGGUAUUGAAGAAGCUAGUUCGCCGUAAACUUAUGUACCAUUCUUACUCAAUGCAAGUCCAUGGUUACAUUUCUUCACCUACAAGUAGUGGUCGUGUUUCAUUUACCCUGGUCCAUGGGUAUCAUGGUAGUUUCUCCUUAAGACAUUGGCUUCGACAAUCAGAUUGGCUCCCAACCCUAGAAGCUACUCUUGCAUUGGAUGAAGAGUGUGUCAGGAGGGUGGGUGAUGACACAGUUGGAGGGCCUGCAAUUAGUCGGCAAUUGCGCCUUUUUCGAAUAUUGAUGAGGGAUCUUUUGAUUGGAGUGAAUUACUUGCAUAGCCAUGGACUUGCCCAUACAGAGUUGAGACUGGAGAAUGUGCACAUAAGUCCAGUGGAUAGACAUAUUAAAGUAGGGAUUCUAGGAAAUGCUGCUGACUUUUACGAGAAUGGUCUGAAUAGUAGCACUCUGGACAACAACCAGGAUAGGCGACAAAUGAUGAUUGCAUUUGACAUGAGAUGUGUUGGAUUCAUGAUGGCAAAAAUGGUGUUGCGGGAACUUAUGGAUCCUUUUAUCUUUACGAAGUUCAAAUCGUUUCUCACGAAGGGAAAUGAUCCUUCAUGCUUGCGUGAAUUUCUUCUACAGUUCCUUAGUAGGAAUUCUCCAUCGGGAAAUUCUGGACUCCAAAUACUGGAUAGGAAUUGGGGUGCAGGUUGGAACCUUUUAUCCUUAUUGCUUGCAACCAAAUCUUCCAAAAGAGUAAGUUGUUUAGAUGCUCUUAGACACCCAUUUCUUUGUGGUCCAAGAUGGCGGGUAGUCCCAUCCAUGGAUAUUAUCAGAUGGGGUCUGGGUUCUACUGCAGUACGAAUUACAGAGGAAUAUAUUUAUGGCCAACCUCAGCGUAGUAGGCUUGCCCACUUCAUUGAGUUGAUGGAAAUGCUGAAUCCUAACUCAAAGCCAAAGAAUUGGCUAGAGUUGCUGCCUGGAAAAUGGCGCUUAUUAUACUGUACUGGGAGGCACAUAGGGUUGACCCUUCGCCAGCCGAAUGCUCGAGUCCUCAUUGGUGAUGUGCGUUUGGCUGUGUCAAGAGCAUCGAAGUUAAGCACCAACCUUUCAUUCACUUCAGAAAUUGGAUUUAAAAUCAUGAUUGGUAAGGAUUGGCCCCACGACAAGACUGGUAUAAGUGGGAAAUUGGAAGUGAAUUCAUUAUUCAGAUUAACAGCGGGGAGACGGCUGUAUCUUAAGGAAGAAAAGACCGCAGGAAAGUUUACUAUGGGUCCAUCAAAUAUUCAAGGUUCUCUUGCUAAGAAAUUAUCAGGUAGAAAAUGGAGGAAAGCAAUCCCUUUUAAAGAGUUCCCGUCAAGCCUUCCGGUUGCAAAACUUGCUUCAGGUGACAUUGAGGUGACAAUGAAUCUUGGUGAGCCAUUAAAUCAAAAUAUUGAUAAUGCAAAAAACGCAGUUCAGGAAAUCCGGACACAACUCCCACCCGAAAUGUUUGAUUUGUCAAAGCUUGUAUGUGGAACAUAUGUGGACUCCAGGCUGCUAGUACUUCGUGGGGUGAAUGGAUCAGCCCUCCUGUUUACAAGGUCUUGUGAUGAUGCAAUGGAUUAGUGUAAAUAUCUGUUGUCUUAUGUUAUUGUUUUAAUCUGUAAUUAUUAUUCUUUACUCAAUACUGAAAGAAAGGAAAUAAUUGAAAGCUAUCUUCAAUUA